AUUUCAAAGAAUUAAAUUUUAUUGUUCACCAGAGAACAAAGCAAAUGGUAGUAAUCUUGAUAACGGCGGUGACCAGGGCCACAGUUUACACGCCACGUCAUGCUGAAAUUAAUACUGUUCCUUACGAUCAGCAUACUUUAUUAUGAUGGCUACUGAAUCUUCAACCCAAACACGCGUUGUUCUCUGGUCAAUACCUCGAUGUAUGACUACCGCGUUUAUGCGCUCGAUCGAUACACUCGAUGAAUCCGUAGUUUUCCACGAAAACUUUGCAGCCGCAUAUUGGCAUGGACCUGAAGGUAAUCACAAGAACCUGUUUAGCUUUGCUCCUUACCAUACAUAUGAUUAUGUAAAAGCCUUACUUCAACAGGAAAUGCCAGGCAAAAGGGUAAUAUUUGCAAAGGAUUUUGCUUUCGCAUUGCAAAGGAAGUUUGAAAAGAUUCCGGACGGUUAUAUUCACACAUUUUUAAUCCGGAAUCCAACAAAGGUAUUCAUGUCACUACGUUACCAGUUUAAAGUGCCGUGGCUCAAGGCCAUUUUCUUUGGUAGGGAAAUGCAAACAUACUACCCAGAACAUAAUUUUUAUUUUGUGGACAUGUGGAAGCUCUAUGUGCACAUCAAAGACGAUCUCAAGAAACCUACUCUCGUUAUUGAUGUUGAUGACUUCUUGCAAGAUCCUGAAGCGAUGAUGAAGAUUUAUUGUCAAUCAACUGGCAUACCAUUUCGAACAUCGAUGUUGUCAUGGCAACCGUGUAGUAUAUGGAAUGUGGACUGGCAAUGUAGCACUUACUUGAAAUAUUUUGCGUGGUGGCAAGGUUGGUAUAAGAGCACUUUUAAUAGCAAUGGAUUCGAAACAUCCAAAGGACAGACCAAUACUCCAGAAAUUACAAUGCUACCACCAGAUGUCAGGAAACUUGUGGAAAUCAGUGAACCCUAUUAUAAAUUACUGUAUGAUGAAAGAAUAACAAUCUGAUUUGGUUUUCACUAUUUUUCACUUUUGUAAUAAUAUGGGAGAACAAUAAUAAUAAUAAUAAUAAUAAUAAUAAUAAUAAUAAUAAUAAUAAUAAUAAUAAUAAAUUAUUAUUAUUAACAACAAUAUUGAUGGUAAACAGUUAAAUAAACGCUAAUUAUGGCGUUCAGGUUGAAUAAUUUGUCACUUUUAUUUGAUUCAAUACUAUAGUUCCUAAACCUUCGAAAUAUGUUAGCCUAUUUUAUAAAAUACCCACUAUCUUCGUCUAAGUUCAACCAUUAACAUCUAUAAACCACUUCUUUUCAUUUUUUUAAACAGUCCUAUAAUUACCAUUAAACUUCCUAUUCAUGGGAAAUGAAUUGAAAUUAUUUGAAAAAAAAUAUCAAAUUCUUACCAAAUUGCUGACAAAGAUAACAAGCUUUUACAGGGCAUGGUGGCGCAAGGUUAGCAGCAUAUCAUCUGCGUAACAUAAAUUAUUAAUUUUAAUGUGAUUGAGCUCACAUCCAUAAUCACGAGUACUUAGUAUGAUACCAUCAUUUUAUGCAUCGUUUAUCAGAGGAGACAUAACCCCCCUCCACUUGUAUCACACUAUUUGUUACUUGACACAUCUUGACUAGAAUUUACCCUAUCUAACAAGAAAUCUGCAAUAAGGUUGGUCACUUUAAAUUAACUGCAUGCUUCCAAAGACUAGACCAGUGAUUUACUCUAUCAAACGCUUUACUAGUGUUCAGAAAAUAUGUAUAUAUUGGGAUUGCUGUUUCUGUAUAGCUAAUUGCGAUACUCCACAGCCAGUCUGAAAAGGAAAAUGCACGUUUCAGUAGAGUGUUUAGAAAUCAAUCUAAUUACCUCAAGAAUAAGGGCAUCUCAACAGUAAGUAAUAAGUUACUAAAUGAUAUCGAAUUCAGACCAGUGCUUGUAGUCCAGGGUCUCAGAACAACCCCCUGCACCACUUGCGUUUUGCCUGUCAUUAUUUUUUUCAAGAAUCACCUUGUUACUCAAGCGAUUUCUGGUUGCUAGUGCAUGUAAACCAACAAAGAGGGUACCUUUUUUGUUUAAUAUUAGGACUGAUAUUGGUGGGGGGGGGGGUAAUUUUUUCCCACAACUUUUAAUCAACUAAAUAUUUUUUCUUGUUUUUGAUAUCAAAGUGUAGAAAUAUACAUUUCCUAUCAUAUUGUAUAAAGGGCAAUAUAAUUAGGUCGUUAAUAUGUCACACGAGGUCAAUAGGUCAUCUUCCAAAGAUCAACAUCGAAUUUUACCCAAUAAUUUAUUAUUAAAACUUGUGAUAACAGAUUUUCUUUCCUGUUAAAAUUGAAUUAACAUGGAUGAAAGUUAGUUGAAGUAAAACCAGGGAACACGGAAGUUCACUGUUCCCUGGUAAAAUAUAUAUAAAAAUACAUGUACUGUAUAGAUAAAAUUGGGACAUCUUAGCUUCAAUCACUACAAAGUUAUGGCUCCAAAAAUAAGUGGGCGUAUCUAUAUGUAUAUGCAUUCACCAUUGGAUUUUGAUACGAACGGAAAAGGUUUUAACUAGCUUUAAAUAGCAGAUAUGAGGCAGAAAACUGGUGAUGUACCUUAGAAGUGACCUGUCUGUUAUUAUAUGUUAUGAAAUAUUUAUAUUUUCAAAAUUGUGAUACUUAAACAACUAGUAAAUAUGCGUGUAAAUUUCAUUACAA